GCGGGGUUUCGGAAAUAUCAGGUGCUCUGGGUGAGCUCUGCCUGGCUGAAAGGAUGGCAGGAAGAGGGAAACUCAUCGCAGUGAUCGGAGACGAGGACACGGUGACUGGCUUCCUGCUGGGCGGCAUAGGGGAGCUUAAUAAGAACCGCCACCCUAAUUUCCUGGUGGUGGAGAAGGACACCACCAUCAAUGAGAUCGAAGACACUUUCCGGCAGUUUCUAAACCGGGAGGACAUCGGCAUCAUCCUUAUCAACCAGUACAUCGCAGAGAUGGUGCGGCAUGCCCUUGACGCCCACCAGCGCUCUAUUCCCGCUGUCCUGGAGAUCCCAUCCAAGGAGCACCCCUAUGAUGCAGCCAAAGACUCCAUCCUGCGCAGGGCCAAGGGCAUGUUCACUGCUGAAGACCUGCGCUAGGGGCUCCUCUGCCCCUUGCUCCUUACCAGGCCUCUCCCAGUUUGUCAUCAGCUUUUAAGUUUCAAGUCCCUGGUUUCCAAUCCCCACCCUUUCCCACUCCACCAAGAGGCUGGGUGAGGUACUUCUAGAUGAUGACUGGGGCUCUGCCAGUAAAAUCCAGGCUGGUUAGGAACAGAAAACCCAACCAUCUUCUCUCUCCACUACCUCUUCCCUGUGCUGUUACUCAGUGUCACUGUCAAUGUUAAAUUAAAGUAAUAUU